UGAGCAGUCAAAAUUCAACUAAGUAUUUCAAGAGGACAAAAAUGGAAACUCGGAACUGGAUGAUAUGGUUUCUCUUUUUUGCAUUUGUUUUUAACCAGGCAGACCUAACAGUGUUUCUAUCAAGCAACAAGGCAAAUGAAGUGAUGGUAAGAUCAAAGCGUGCUAGGUAUAUGAUUAUUGAGGAGAUCCUGCAAGGCAGUGUGGAAAGAGAAUGCCUUGAAGAAAGGUGUACUUAUGAAGAGGCACGAGAAGCAUUUGAAGAUAUUGAGAAAACAAACCAGUUUUGGAGUGGCUAUUUUGAUGGUAAACAAUGUUCUUCAAACCCAUGCUUACAUAACAAUGAGUGUAAAGACACCAUUCGCAGUUACACAUGUGAUUGUCGGGAUGAUUUUGAAGGAAUCAAUUGUGCUUUUGCUAAAAAUGAAUGUCGCCAUGAAGUGGGUGAAGGUUGUGAACACUUCUGUUAUCCAGAACUGAAGACUUACCGCUGUUCAUGCGCAGAUGGCUAUGAGCUUGGGGAAGAUGAUAAGUCAUGCAUUCCUCAAGAUCAAUGUGCUUGUGGCAGAUUGAAAAAUCACUUACCAAGGCAGCUGAAUGCAACCCAGAAGGUCCACAGAGGAUUCCCCUGGCAGGUCCUGCUCUUAGAUGCAGAAGGGAAAAGGCUCUGUGGAGGGGUUCUACUGAAAACCAAUUUUGUGUUGACUACAGCAGAAUGUGCACACUUAUCUCCCGCCAAUGCUGAGAUUGGCAUCAACAGCUUGCAAAAAGCCAAACAAAUAGUACAUGUGAAACAAAUAAAUCUACACAUCCGCUACGACAGUAACACCGGAGAGAACAACCUAGCACUGCUGGAACUCAAAAGGCACGUAGACUGUGAUUCCCACCACAUACCGAUAUGCCUCCCAGAGAGGGAUUUUGCAGAGCAUGUGUUGAUUUCAGAACUGGCAGGCAUUCUCAGCGGCUGGAAAAUGGCUGGAAAUGAAUCAACAGAUACACUAACGGAACUUUCGGUUUCAUUCGUAAAUGAAAAGGAAUGCAAGCAGACACUCAACAGAAGUCUCAUUACCAGGGAGUUCUGUGGAUAUAGUCAAGAGGCAUCAGGGGAACUACUGGCUGAAGGAAGUUUUAGUAGCAUUGACUAUAAAGGCACAUGGUUUCUGACUGGUAUUUUAGAGCCGUGGGCCACAGAAGCUAGUAAGUGGAAAACAUUUAUACUCACCAAAACUUCGAGAUACAUGAUGUGGUUUGCACAAGUAAUGGACUAAAUCAAAUGCAGUGGCAAAAGGAUAGAAUGGCAAGGCCCAGCAUCUGAAUGCAUUUGAAAUGCAAGUCAUUGUUGUAAAUAUUGUGUGUGCUUUUUGCCCCCUUCCUCCUCUCCAAUGCUUUUCAUUAACAGAACUCACUGAUUUUAUUAAUCUUAUUUUUUUAAAUGUUGCUUUGUUUACAUAGUACAUGCUGGUAUGAUUUUAAAAUACUGUAUGCUUUUUAAAAAAAUGAUAGAAGUGUCACUCUCCCUGCCCCCAAAAUCAUCCUCAUUAGCACAAGAAGCCCUUGAACUGUGUUUCACUAAAUUCUGCAUAAACAAAUUCUUGUACUUUU